UUUGCAAUUAUGUGGUUAACUGACCGUGAUUCAGGGUCCAACAUGAGCAGUUGAUGGUUAUGCAGACUGUCAAUAAAUUUAAUGUCUUUCCGUACCCAGUGGUUCACAGAAGCAUGCCAUUGAACACUGGCUUAGGACCCUAAUUGUAUUAGGUGAAGAGUCUUCGUUCUUAUUUCCUCCAUUCCACUACUACUUUCUCUUUCUUAGGUCAAAAUAUACAACUCAGCUAUUUGUUCCCAAAAUACUGUUAAUCAGAGGGGUGCAUCAAUAUUACUGCUUUCAUAAUUCCCGAGUAGACAUUCUCGCGAAGUUCCUACUGACGACAUAAUUCAAUUCAUUGACAGAUGGCACCACGCGCUAAGACAAACGUAGCAGCCGAUGAUCUUCCUGCCACCUCGUGUUAUUCAGCUUCCAAUACGUCGGUGUUCCUGAGUCUAGGAAAUGGGAGGCAUGUGUCAGAGAUUGUUUCAAUGCGGCAAGAAGCCAGGAAAGCAAAACUUCAUACAAUUAGCAAAUUGGUUCGUGAAGUGAGAAAAUUACGAAGCAAAAAUGGUUCUGAAGAUCAGAAGAAAAAGAAUAACAGAAAAGCUGAUAGGUUUAUGGAAGAAGUACUUAUUAUAAAGAAGCUGAAGGAUGAUGAAAUAUCAAAAUUUGCUCUCUGCAAUUCAAAGAUGUCAAGUGAAAUAAUUUUUGAUCUUGCAACAUCAUUGAAAGAUAAAGCAUUAACCAGGCUUUCCAAGCAGCCAAGCAUUUCCACACGUGUCAGUGAGUUUCGUAUGAAGUUUCCAGCAUGGGAUGUUAUUGUACCACAGUUACUACUGAAGUUAGGAGAUAAGAAAGCAAAGAAAAAGAAGGAAAAUAAAUCAAAAACAUGUGAAGAUAAAGAGAAAGAUGUGGUAAAAUCCUAUAAAGAGGAUCAGGCUGAGCUUGUGAAAAGUUGUACCAUUGAUGAUAUUUCUGAGAAAAAUCAAGCUGUAACUUCCUUAAAUCCUAUUACAAUUCACAGUCAAGAUAGACAACAAAAAAUCCCUCUUACUUCAGAGAAAAAACCAAAGAACCUAAGUGAAGAACUAAGUAGAGAAAGUGUCCGUGCAGAAAUAGAUGAUGCAGGAAUCAGAAAUGAAAUGAAAAUUGGAGAGAAUAGUUUAGCAGAAGUAAAGAGGUUUACUGAACAUUUAAAAUCAGAAAAUAACAUUGAAAAUAAUAACCUGGAUCUUGUAAAUCCUACACCUGUUUCCCCAAGUGCCACAAUAGUAGAUCCAUUCUUUGUAUGUGAAGAUGGUAAAACUGCAUACUUAACAAGUGUAAAAGGAAAUUCAGGAUUUAAUGAAGGGUCUGAUAUUUAUAAGAAAGAAAAUCUAUCAAAACAACCAACAUGGAUUAAGAAUGAUGAAAAGAGGUUCUUUCAAGCAGAGAGAAGGAAAAAUUUGCUGGUACAAAAGCCCAAAAUGCCAAACUUCAGGACAUUCCAGCAGCGACCACCAGCAUAUAAUUCUGAAAAUAGAACUAAGCAAUCAUCAUAUCUGAAGCAGAAAAUUAAUAUAGUUCAUAAUGAAAAGAAUCACAGCCAAACAACAGAUAAUACUAGUCCAAUUCAUCCAUCAUGGGAAGCAAAGAAAAAGUUGAAGGAACAACAGUGUGCUGUGUUUGCAUUCCAAGGCAAAAAGAUAAAGUUUGAUGAUUAAUUAAUGAAAAAUUAAUGUCAAGAAUGUAUAUGUUGUGUCUAUUUUAAACCAAUAAAACAGCUUAGUGAUA